AUGGAAAGAAUUAAUACUUACAAUAGGGUCGGCCUCCGAUCCAAAUGCUCAGCGCAAGUCAUAGUCGUCGGUGCCAGCAUUAGCGGUCUUCAAGCCGCCUAUGAUCUCCAACAAGAAGGCGUCUCAUGUGUUGUGCUUGAAGCUCGAGGCAAAACCGGAAGUAACUUUCAAAACAGAGCUCGAGCUACAAAAUACUCAAAGGCCUGGGUCAGUCCUGACCAACAUCCACAGACAUGGAAGCUGGUGCACCAUCUUGGCCUUGAGAUGACCGAGGAAACACGAGGCAAGAGUAUAAUGUGCGGCUUUGGAGUCUAUGAUCAUGAUGACAUCCCUUUUAUCAAUGAAGCCGACCGUUGCUCUUAUACAUUCAUCCUUGAGAGCAUGGAAAUACUCACACAAAGACUCAAUCGCACUAAACUCGCUCAAAUCAUGUCAGAGUGGCCUGGGGGUGUCUUGAUGACUUUUCAAGAUUUUAUUACAGCUCAUGCCCCUACUCCUGCUGUUCAGAAAUUAGCAGAUGCAUGGACGACCAAGCUCUUUGGACUUGCAGCUACUGACGUUCCAGCUCUCGACUUUUUACUUGCAUGCAGAAGAGUUGGAGGCUUUCUAAAUGCCAUAGGUGAAUUGGACGGUAGAACCACUCAUACUAGAGUCCGAACACUUCAAAGUCUGAAAGAAGCCAUGGCACAACGUCUGCGACAUGGUUCAAUUUUGGCCUCACAGAGAGUUGUUCACAUCGAUCAAAAGUCUGACUCCAAGUGUGUCUUGACUACGGGCACUGGAGAUACCUUUGAAUGUCUCAAAGUCAUCUUGUCUGCCCCGCUGUCUUCCUAUACGCAUCUCGACUUCAACCCUGCUAUUGAAUACUCUAAGCUGUGGAUGCAGGAGUCUAAACCGUCAGGAUUCUGCAUCCAAACUGCGUUGAUCUACAACGAGCCAUGGUGGAGGACGAAAGGGCUCAGCGGAUAUUCUCAGAGCACAAAAGGUCCGAUCUUGGAAACCUACGAUACUUCAAAUGAUGAAUCCGGAGUGUAUGCUCUCACGUGUGUUGUUGCAGGCGAGUCAGGUCGCGAACUGUGGAACAAGGACCUAAUCGAUCGAAGAGAAACGAUAUUGGCACAUUUGAGAGAUAUGUUUUCCAUGUACACAGCGAUUCCGAGCCCUGUACUGAGAAUCGAGCCGAAAGACACAGUCUGGACUCGAUUAGCUUCCUCUACUCCAGGACUUGGAAAGUUCAAAGGUGAUGAUGGUUGGCAGGUGAAAGGCAAAGUUCAUUUUGCAGUUCCUGAAGCAGACUGUAUGCGAAAACCACAACUGGAGAUGGCUUUAAAAUCGGGGAGCAGAGUUGCGGGAGAGGUUUCUGCUGCUAUGAUGCCUACAGGAGACAUGAUACUUUCCAAGUUGUGA